UAAUGAACAAAGUAAAUACUAAAAGUAAGUAAUAAGUACAAAAUGACUUUGAUUCAUAUUAAAGUGAUAAUAGCUAUCAAAGUGAUGGAGAUAAUCAACCAAUCAUAAUGAACUUUUUAGAAGAUAUUAAGGGACAUCUAGAUGGUGACAUUAGUUUUGAAACUAAUGAACAUGAUAUUUAUGAUCCUGAUUUCUCAUAAAAUAUUAGUCAUAGAAUCAAAGAGCAUUAAGACACAGCAUUUUAGAAGUAAAAAUUUAAAUCUAAUACUCAAUCAAUUAAAUCAUGCAAUUCAAUUAAUAUCAUUUGUUCAUUAGAAAUAUUUCAAUAACAAUUAGAACUUAAGCAUACUUAGAGUCUUCCAGAUCAAUAGAAUUUGUAAACAAUAUCUGAUUCAAAAAAAUAACAACUAAAUUUUUUAUGGGAAAAAAUUAGAUAAAAAAAUAAGGAUAAAGAAAAAUGA